AUGUCUCACGAGUCGGUCUGGUACUCCCGCCCUAGGACUUACGGCAAGGGCUCCCGCGAGUGCCGCGUCUGCACCCACCCCGCUGGUCUGAUCCGCAAGUACGGCCUCAACAUCUGCCGUCAGUGCUUCCGCGAGAAGUCCGCCGACAUUGGUUUCGUCAAGCACCGCUAAAUGUACCCACGAAUUCCACGACCGGAGUAGAGGAGGCGCAACGGUGUGACGCGAUGAUUCCCUGACGAUACGAUCUCGACUCGAUUCGACUUCCACGAGCAUGAUGGGGCGGAGAGCGCCGGGACAGGAUAGUCAGGAUGGUUCUGCAUGGCUUUUCUUGGGGACUUCUUUCCUCGUCUGACCGGUCGGCGUCGUGUCUGGCUGCAAAUAAACAAAAUUCCAUCCUGAUACCAACUGUUUUGGCGUACUAGAGUUGGAUUGGACAACGUGAUUGAAUGAAUCCAUGUUGCAUUGCUGCUUGGUGGACUGUUGCAGUAUACAGCUGAGGGCAACGAGCAUACGAUAAAGAG